ACAGUUUGUAUACACAGAAGGGUACAGCAGGGAACACUUGUUUACCUCUCCUCUGUGAUGGCACAUGCCCAGAGUGACACCUCUUCCUCACCCAAUUUAUGGGUUCCUCCCUGGAAAGGUUUGUGGAAUGGGGAAACCCAGACUUCAUCCCGACUGGGCCAGCUAUGGAACACUGGAUGUACAUUGAAGAAUAAGCUUAAGGCAUCGCAUCAGACCAGUCCUCCAGAGGAGAAGGUGGCCGAGAGGACUCUCCCACAGUGCAUAUCCCUUUUCCUGCCAGAGUUCCCGCUUUGGUCGCCAGCUGCACAGCCAGAGCUAAAGAUUUUAGGUUGUGUUGCCAAAGGAUCCCUUGGUCCAGUGCUCAAGGUGUUCCACAGCACUGAGCAGAAGAUCUUUGCCUUAAAAGUAUUACCUAAAGGAGAAGUUCUCCGUCGUAACACACUAAGACAGUGUAAAGAGGAGGUCAGCAUACAGAGGCAGGUAAAGCAUCCAUUCAUCCAAUGCCUUGGGGAGAGCUGGCAGGGACAGCGCCAUCUUUUCAUCAUGUGCAACUAUUGUAGUUACGGGGACCUGUAUACCUUAUGGAUGUCCGCCAAGUACAUUGAAGAAGACACAAUAAGACUAUUUGCUGCUGAAUUGAUAUCUGUUUUAGUGUACCUUCAUGAUUUGGGUAUCAUUCAUAGAGAUGUUAAGAUGGAAAACAUUCUACUAGAUGAGAGAGGACACUUGAAAUUGGCAGAUUUUGGGCUUUCCAGACACGUUCCUUUUGGAGAACAUGCAUAUACCAUCUGCGGGACCCUUCAGUACAUGGCUCCUGAAGUUCUUUCCGGGGGUCCUUAUAGCCAUUCUGCUGACUGGUUUUCCUUAGGAAUCCUAUUAUUUGCACUUGCAGCUGGGGAGUUCCCUGUUGCCUCUGCCACAGACCAUGUGAGCAUGCUGGAGAGGGUUAAUGAUGCAACCUAUGAAGUUCCAGAGACUGUAAGCCGAGGCCUAUCACAUCUAUUAGAGGAGCUGCUGUGCAAGGUUCCCAGGCAGAGGCUCCGUUAUCUUCAUCAAUUUAAGAGCCACAUUUUCUUCAGAGGAAUGACCUUUGACCCUGCACUUCUCCAAAAAGUCCCAGUUGACCUUGUCAUAAAAAUGCGAAAAUCAGAAGUCACCAUACAGUCAGACCUUGGAGGUUUUGAAGACUUUGAUUGGGAUUUAACACAAACUUUUCCAUUUCCCAGCCCAGCCUAAGCCAUGAAAUAUAUUAUAUUAUUCACCUUAAUGCAGACCAUGUCUUUUUAUUGCAGUUAAGCUGUGAAUGUUCUGCGGUAUUUUCAAUUUCCUUUUUUUAUGUAGAUGACUUUAAAAUGAAACUGAUCAAAGAGCGCCCCCGACAGUCAGCUGUUAUAUACCGGAAAACCUAUCAGCUAUUGUUUAAUAUUCCUGCAGCACCAACACAGGUGAAAUGAAAUACAGUGUCUUCAGACCCUUGCACUUUUUGUAUUUUGUUAUGUUGAGUCCUUGUGCUAAAAUCAAACAAUUAAAGGU